AUGCAGAGUCUCUGGACGCAAAGACAGGUUAUCAAGGGAGACGGUGGCGAGAUUUACGAGCUUGAAAACGGAAAUUUGAUUAUUCGAACAGCAAACGUUUCUCUUCAUGGAAACUUUCGCGGUCUUCUCAUACAGUUAGAGGUCGAUCACACUAAACUCGCUACCAGCGAUCCAGAACAAAUUUUCCAAGACCUUCUUGCCAAAUAUAAUAUUCCCAAGGGUAAUUUGUGCUACAAAGUCAUUGAUUCAAACAACUACGAUGAAUUCUCUGAUUUGGCGCUCCAGUACGCUGAAAUUCUAUCCUUCUAA